CCGCAGUUCUUCACUUCUGCCGGUCAACGUGAAGAGAGAAGAAAAGGACAAGCGUGGAUGGAAGUGAAAAGCGUGAAAAACGGCCGAAUUUGAGUUUGGUCAGGCGGUGCCAUGGAGGGGCCGGAGCAAAGCCUCUACGUGGCCCAAUUGAAAGCUGAGUUCGACAGCUGCGACGCCUCGUCUUCGGGCUUUCUGGACAGGUGCCAGGUGGGGGCGCUUUGCAGGAAGUUGCACCUGGACUCUCAGCUACCACUCCUCGUCGACUCGCUGCUCGGGGGAGAAGCCUGUGCCAGGGUGGACUUUGAAGCAUUCAAAGACAACUUUGUGGAUGUUCUGUCUCGCUUGGACGUGACAUGGAAGGAUGACGGCGACUGCCUGCAGCUCGUGAUUGCAGACGAAGUGAAGCCAAAAUUUGUGAAGGGCGAAAAACGUUAUGGCCGCCGCUCGCGCCCUGACGUCUGGCCCUUGCGACCGCCGGACUGCUCGUCGCCCGUCAAAGAUGAGCCUGAAGCGCGGCGAUCCAUGUCGCUGGACAGUGCGGAGAGCCUGAAGCACUCCGAGCAGGCGGAAAGCGACACUGAUGACACGACGGCUGACUUUGGCUUCAACGGAGAAGAGUCGACGCGCAACGGCCUGGCGGGCACUCUGGAGCACUUUCAGACGCUGCUCUGUGGCUCGGCCCCCGUGCUCUGCUCGACACCCUUCAGGGGUUGGAGCAUGCGGGACGACGAGACACAGGACGAGACUGCUCCGCCAGGACCCGCCAUCCUCAGCCGCUUGGACAGCGGCUCGGGGCGCACCGACCCUGAGGCAGUGCUGGCCCUGUGGGCCAAGGAGGACGUCCACCACGCUCACGACAUCCUGCGGAUGCUGGAAUUUUCCGCCGACGAGCCACUGAGUUUAUCCGAUCUGACGGCGGCCCUGGAUGAGGCACUUCUGGCCGGUGGCGAUGGCAGUCGUCCAAUCCGCCUGGCGGCGCUUGUCAGCUACAAGGACGAGCUUUACCACCUGCGGGCCCUUGCCGAGCAGGCCCACGGCGAGCGUGAUCAAGCCAAAACUGACCUAGAGAGGGCGGAGCGCCGCAACCUCCGGCUGGUCCGAGAGGCCGAUGAGCGCCACGCCGCCAUGGAAGCGCACCACGCGGACGCUGUCAGGGACUUGGGGCGGGACUUCCGCGAGCGUAUGGCGACGCAGCGCCGGCAAGCGGACCAGGACAGCGAGGCCGCCGCACAGCAGCUAGAAGACGAAAGGCGAGAGCUGCAACUGCAACUGGAGACGCGGGAAGAACGUUGGCGGAAGGAGCUCCAGGCCGUCCAACAGGAGAAGCAUGGUCUGGAGGAGGAACUUGUCGAAGCCAAGCGUCGACUGAGCAAGGUGGAAAGUGAUGCCCUACGUCUGCGCGCCAACUGGAACCAGCUGCUCCAGUGGCACGGCCCGGACGCCGUCGCCACACCAACUCCCCACCUCGAAGAUAAAGCGACACGACUCCUGGACGACUAUGAGCGGCGUUGCCGAGAACUCCAGGAUAAAAAUGACGAACUGAGCUCAGAGUUGGAGCUUCUCAGAAGUCGACGGGAGAGUCGCGGGAAGUCUGCCGACAUCGCCGUGCGCGAGCCCAGCUGGUUGGAAGAGAGCGGACGCCGAUCAGAUGACAUGAGUCGUCGCUCAUCACGUUGCCGUCGUGCCGCCCUCGAGCCAGACGACGCAGCGGCGCCUCUCUUCAGCGUGGAGAUGGAGUUUGCGAUGGAGAAGCUGAAGAGCAAAUAUGAGCGAGAGAUGCGGCACCUCAACGCCCGCCUGGAUACGCAGGUCAGCCAAUACGAGCGCAGGAUGGAGCGUGAUAGGCAGAGCGCAGAGGCCCAACGCAAAGACAUGGCGCAAACAUUCCAGCUGGAGAUCAGUGAACUACAGGGCCAGAAGUUGGCGGCAGAGCGUCAGGUCCAAAUUCUCAAGGAGACGCUGGACGAAGUCCACAACAGCGUCCGUAAAGACGUGCAGGAGCGCAGGAACGCCAACCUGCGGCUGGAGGCGGAGCUCAAGAUCAAGACGGAGCAGCAAGUCGCCACUCUCAGGGAGGACAAGGGGCUUGAUCUCUUUCUCAAGUCGCGUCGCGCCAAAGGUCGGUGUCACGCCUUGCGGCAACAGUGGAGGUGGGAGAAGAAGAGGAAGCCGGAACGGUGGAGAACUUACAUUCUAGCAUCGGAAAAGAUGAGCAUGAACCGGGAGAGCAACAAGAUGGUGGAAAAGAGGUCAAAUGAAGAGAAAUCUCGCACGCUCGAAAAGGAGGAGUCACUGGUUCUCGGGUUGGAGAUGAGGAGCUCAGAAAAGCUCCCCGCGCGAGAGGCUCUUGAGCGGGAACGCGCCACGGUCCGGCGCCAGAAGGAGGAGCUUCUCCGAUUGAGCCUGGAGAAGCGCGGCUACAUGAAGAUGGCCGACCAGCUCUCAAUGCAGAUUGUGGAAAUGGAGGAGGAGAUGCAGGCCCUGCGGGAGGGCGGCGUCCAUGUCACGCGGGACGAGCGGAAGAUGAAGAAACAACUUGUGGAGAUGGAGAAGCUGGUUCUUCUCUUUCAGGAACGGGAGGAUCAGCCAAGGAGCCAGCUGGAAGAGGCGCGCUCUGACAACGUCGCUUUACAGGAGCGGCUUUGCAUCCUGCGGCUGGACCAGGGGGUCACCGACAAGAGGAGGAAGUCUGAGGAGAUGACGCGACAUGACGAGACCGGCCGGCAGGAGGUCGAGAGUCUGAGUGUCAGGAACUCUGAGCUGAGCGCCGUCAACACCCGACUGUUGGAGCGGCUGCAAGAACAGCAGGAAGCGCAUGAGACUCAGGUGCAGCGAAUGCAAGAAGAGGCGGAGCUUCGGCUGGCGGAGAGGCAUCGCCUGGAGGAGGAGCUUAGCAUCCACUGGCGCCAGGAGGCACUGUCACCCCGCGGAGAUGCUUCUUUUGACGCACGAGAAAUGUCGGAGCUGGUUGAGAAGCUGCGAGUUUCCCACGGAAAGUUGGAGGAGGGGAAGUCCCACAACAGGAAGUUGAUGAAGGACAACCAGGAGAAAGGCCAACACAACCAGCAGCUUCUCAAACAGGCCGACGCGGCGCGGCCGGAGGAAGAGACCCGGCACGGCCCGACUUCCUCCGGCGCGUACUUCUCGGAGCGGCACGAGAAGGCGGCGCGGGCAGCGCAGCAACGGUCAAGAGAGCUCCAGGCAAAACUCGUCGUGUGUCGCGACGUCCUGCGCCAGAAGGUCCUGCAGCUUCAAGGACAGAUGGCUAAGAACGUCAAGUCCAGCGCUAUGUUGAAGGAACUCUACGUUGAGAACUCACAGCUGAGCCAAACUCUGCAGCUGAGUGAGCGGGACCGCUGCGAGCUGGGCCGUCGCCAUGCCCUGCUGGAGGAGAAGUUGCGGGUCCUCCACCAGCUGCUGAGGGACCUCCUGCUGGCUGCCCUCCACCCGUAGAAGAGCCACAAACCUUUUUCGCUUGCAAUAAAUGUUUGGAUUUUAACGGAUCUGCGCCUCAUAUUUAGCCACAUUGCAUUGCCUGAGGUGGCUAAGUAGCCAAAAAUGGUACUCGAGUAAGAGUCAAAGUACAUUGGUACCUCUACGUACGAAAUUGGUUCUGCAAGUAGAUUCUUAACCUGAAAAUUCUGUAAGUAGAGACAUUUUCCAUGUAAAUGGCCAACUCAUUUCCAAGCCCCCCUAAAAUUCAGACACAAAUCUUUUAUGAAGCAUAAAAAUGCUUUAAAACGUAAUAAUUACAUGUUACAAUUAGAUUAUUGCACAAUAAAGAAAAAAUAAUGAUGGUCAUGCCCUCAUUAGUCACCAAUUGUUUAAAUUUUUGCUUUGUGUCGAUGCUACUUGCCUCAUCAACCUCAACCCGAACAACAGUGAAUUCUAGUCCUCUUUUUGAACUUCUCGAACCAUUCACACAAUGCCUUAAACUCCCGGUGUUGUUCUUGCGCCGACAUGUGUUACAGCCAUAUUCUGUGGCGAAAUGAACCAAACGCACCCCUUUAACCCAUCACUUUCUUGGGGACCCAUAGUGAAUAAAACUUAAAUUCUUCUCAUGAGCGUACGUAUUAUUUUGAAUUUACUUGCUCCAGUCAAGUCUUAUCACAUGAUGAAGCCAAUCAAUGAUAGUCAACUGAUAAAUUUAAUUCAAAAAUGUGAAAAAAAAUUAUUCCAUUCACAUUAUGCAGAAAAUCAAGCCGUGUCCACCUGUCUACUAACUGAUGGGAGUCUUAACAUGAGGCGGUAAGAGGAUUAUUUUCGGGGAACCGUGUGGAAAAAGUCUGGAUACAUUUUGAUGUCACUGGACAAGUCUGCCCAAUUGGAAAGGUUCUUAACUGGCCACAAGUUUGUGUUAGUAAGAGGUUAAGAGUUAAGAGAAAUUGACCUUUCGUUCAUCAACACGGAGAGCAAAACAUAAUUGUCCGUAAUCUCGUCCUCCGCACGUGUUCCUCAAUAUGAAGCAUUGCAAGAGUUAGUAAAUAAAUGGAAGCAAAACCACCUUUUUAAUAAUUAGAUCUAAACCCACUGCGAAUGAUUUUUUUCAUCUUUUUGUUGUUGUUUACACUCACAUAUACAACAUACUGUAAGUAAAUUUAAACAUAACAGACAAACCUAAUAGACAUGACUCAUACAGUACAUCUGAAAUUACAAUCACAAAGGAAAUGUAAGUAAAAAGAAAGUUAAACAUAUGGUCAGUUGUUUCAAUGUCUUCAUGACAAAAAUGCCGUUGUUGUGGUCCAAAUUAAAGUGGAGCCUUAAGAAUUUUGAAGAGGGGUAUAUUCUAUCAACAAUUUUAUAAUGAACUUCCUUUGACUUUGGUGGAAUGGGAAAUGUAAAGAAUUUGGAUCUCGAUUUUUUUUUUUUUCUUCAGAAAAAUAUUGCAUAAUUGAAGUUGUAGUUGAAGAAAAUGGGUACAAUUCAUCCAUAAAAAAUUGUUAAAUUUUGACAUUGGGUUUUUAAAAUCACUCAUGAUCACCCACUACGAAGGUAUUCAUGUUGACACCAAAUGGAAACAUUGGGCUCAUGUGUAACGUCGGAACAAACAUGCACAGAUUAGGCACUUGACUUUGUUGGGA